GAUAAAAAGCCCAUUAAUUACGAAGGCCCUUGACACAACUACACGUAUAAACCAAAACCCUAGCGCCUCCCGGCAUAUCAUCCACUGUGGGUAGAGGGAGAUCGUCCGGCAAAGAUGUCGAAGCGAGGGCGCGGAGGGUCGGCGGGGAACAAGUUCCGGAUGUCGCUGGGUCUUCCGGUGGCGGCGACGGUGAACUGCGCCGACAAUACUGGCGCAAAGAAUCUCUACAUCAUCUCGGUGAAGGGGAUCAAGGGCAGGCUGAACAGGCUUCCUUCCGCUUGCGUUGGUGAUAUGGUGAUGGCUACUGUGAAGAAGGGUAAGCCCGAUCUACGUAAGAAGGUCUUGCCCGCGGUCAUUGUCCGCCAGAGAAAGCCGUGGCGCAGAAAGGAUGGAGUCUACAUGUACUUCGAAGAUAAUGCUGGGGUCAUUGUAAAUCCCAAGGGAGAAAUGAAAGGUUCUGCCAUCACUGGACCCAUUGGGAAAGAGUGCGCCGAUUUGUGGCCAAGGAUUGCCAGUGCUGCUAAUGCUAUUGUCUAGACAUCGGUUGUUGUUUUCACUAUAGUUUUUGUGCUUGUUUCUUCCAUUGCAAUUUUGCAUCUGUCGUAGUGGUCUUACAAGACUUGUUGAAUUAUCUAAUUAUGGCACGAUGAAUAGGUGAGGAAUGGUGGUAUUUCUUGAAUGUUUUGUGUUUUUGAAUGAAUUAGGUUGUGUGUUCA